AUGCACAGCUUUAGUGCACGUAAACCCCAUAAUACCACUGUGCACGUCCAAAACAAUAGUACACGAACCCACACCAUGGCCGGAGCUCACCAUAAGCUCCGGGAACUCUCGCACCACGUGCGGCGCACGGCCGCAGCGCUCGACAAGGCAAUGUCCCGCCUCUGCUCGCUCUGCAAGUCCUACGCGCAUCACCACGUCACGGAGCGUGCGGCGCGGUGGCGGCACGCGCUGCGGUGCGGCGCCGGGCAGGUCUGGCCGUCUCGGCUCGGCUCGCUGCUCGUACACGCCGCCUACCUCCUCGCCGUUUCCUGGCUCGGGUACCUCCUCCUGGACGAGCUCAAGUUCCGUGCACCGCCAGCCGGGCACGGCGGCGGGAGGGGCCGGCCCCGCGGCAUUGACCUGUUCUUCACCGCCGUGUCAGCCGUGACGGUGUCGAGCAUGUCCGCCGUCGAGAUGGAGGUGUUCUCCUACGGCCAGCUCUUCGUCCUGACCGUGCUCAUGUUUGCCGGAGGCGAGGUGUUCGUGUCACUCGUAGGCCUGGCGUCCAAAUGGUACAAGCUGCGGAAACAAGGUAUAAGCAUAUCGCAGCGAGUCGAGAGCCACGACGACGGAGGGGUCGAGCUCGAGACGACGCCACAGGUUGCCAACGCCGCCGACAUCGAAAGCUGGACGAGAAACUCCGACGAGACGAGCAAAAGCCCGAUAGACGCGAAGCGGCUGCGGCGCGAGGCGGUGCGCUCGCUGUCCCUAGUCGUCCUCGCCAUCCUCGUGGUGGCGCACGUACUCGGCGCCGCCGCCAUUGCGGCCUACGUCUACACGUCCCCGGGCGCGAGGAGGACGCUGCGGAGCAAGGCCCUGAGCGUGUGGACCUUCGCCGUGUUCACGACGGUUUCCACGUUCUCGAGCUGCGGGUUCAUGCCUAACAACGAGAACAUGGCGGCGUUCAGGCGGGACACCGGGCUGCAGCUGCUACUCAUGCCGCUUGCGCUAGCGGGGAACACGCUGUUCCCGACACUGCUGGCCGUGUGCGUGCGCGCUGCUGCGGCAGCGACGAGGAGGCCGGAGCUGGUGGAGAUGACGGCGAGAAACGGCAGGGAGCUGACGGGGUACUAUCACUUGCUACCCGCGCGGCGGUGCGCGAUGCUGGCGGCAACGGUGGCCGGGCUGGUCGCCGUGCAGGUGUGCAUGGUGUGCGGCAUGGAGUGGGGUGGCGCGCUGCGGGGUAUGGGCCCAUGGGAGAAGGUGUCCAACGCGGUGUUCGUGGCGGUGAACUCCCGGCACACCGGCGAGUCGACCCUCGACCUCUCCACCCUGGCGCCGGCCAUUCUCGUCCUCUUGGUGCUCAUGAUGUACCUGCCUCCAUACACCACAUGGUUUCCAUUUGAGGAGAGCUCGGGCGUGAAGGACCAUCCCACGGAGGAGACCCCGGGGGUCAGGUUGCUCAAGAGCACGGCUCUGUCACAACUCUCCUACCUCGCCAUCUUCAUCAUCGCCAUCUGCGUCACCGAGAGGGAAAACCUCGAGGAAGACCCCCUCAACUUCAGCUUGCUCAGCAUCGUCGUCGAAGUCGUCAGUGCGUAUGGAAAUGUGGGCUUCUCCAUGGGCUACAGUUGCAGUAGACAGAUCAGCCCGGACGCGCUGUGCACCGACAGGUGGACCGGCUUCGUCGGGAGGUGGAGCGAUUCUGGCAAGCUCAUCCUCAUUCUUGUGAUGCUCUUCGGGAGGCUCAAGAAGUUCAGCAUAAAAGGUGGCAAAGCCUGGAAGCUUGGUUAG